AUGCCUCCUACAAAGCUCCCCGAGUCUGGAAAUCCUCUUGUCUUUCUUGACAUUACUCUCGGAGGUGAGCCUCUUGGCCGCAUCCAGAUCGAGCUGUUUAAGGAUGUCGUACCAAAGACAGCUGAGAACUUCCGCCAGUUCUGCACCGGCGAGAGCAAGAACAGUGCCGGCCGUCCUCAGGGCUACAAGGGCUCCAAGUUCCACCGCAUAAUCCCAAACUUCAUGUGCCAAGGUGGUGACUUUCUCAAUAACGAUGGUUCAGGAUCGACCUGCAUCUGGGGCUACAAGAGCUUUGAAGACGAGAACUUCACUCUCAAGCAUGAUCAGCCAGGCCUCUUAUCCAUGGCUAACGCUGGACCCAAUACCAAUGGUUCUCAAUUCUUCAUCACAACUGUUCCUACACCUUUCCUCGAUAACAAGCAUGUCGUCUUUGGCAAGGUCGUCGACGGCAUGGAUGUGGUAAAGAAGAUGGAGGCUACCAAAACUGGCUAUGCUGCCCCUGAUAGACCGAACCUUGACGUAGUCAUCUCCCAGUGUGGUGAAAUGUAA